AUGGGCAGCCGCGGCGGGACGCAGCCCCCCCCGAACCUCGUGCUGCCGAGGGAUGAGGGUGAGGGAAUCAGCUUGGGAUGGCUGCUCGUCAUCGCCAUCGGCGGCGGCGUGCUCGUCUUCCUCGCCUUCGGCAUGCUUCUCUCGUGGUGGAUCAAGCGACGAUGGGGCCCUUCCAACACAACCGUUUACGGCGUGUCGCCGCACGACUCGAGCGAGGGACUGCCAAGGAGGCUGACGAAGCGACGACUUCUGGACUCAUCGAGCGGCCUUCCCAGCGCAUGGUCGAGCCGACUCUCGUUGACGAUGCCGCCCAUUCUGCCGCCUCUCUCCAUGUCCAACAGCGCAGGUUUCUUCCGCGGCAAGGGAGACGCUCGCAAGCCGCCGCCCGGGCCCUGGCCGGACGCUGAUCGCUCGACGCCGGCCGACGCCAAGGCUGGCGAAGGCCGGGCCUCGCGGACGGAACCGCUAAAGAAGAGCGAGAGCGGUUCGAGCUGGCACAGGUGGUUUUGGGGCACGCCGGCCCAGCCGAGCUCCAUGCUGGCCGUGAGCAGGGCCGGACCGGAUGUUGAGAUGCAGGUGUCGGAGCAGCAGCAUCGACAGUACCAACCGCCGCUUCAGCAGUCCCAGAAGGAGCUUCAGCACCAAAAGGUCCAGCAACUGGAGGAGGCCCGCAGGCCGCUCCAGGAGAUUGAGGUGCAGAAGAGGGGACAGCGAGACCUCAACCUGAGCCAGGCGGUCCCUCAGUUCCCCCUUCAGCAGCAUCCGCAACAUCAACAGCAUCAACAAUGGGCCCAGCCGCGGGCGUACCAGCAUCAGCAGUUCCAUCUCCCACUGCGACAGAACGACGAUGUGCCGAGGGGCAGGAUUCGAGUGCCCGCCCAGACGCACAUCCGGCAGUCGAUGACGGACACGGACCUGAGAAUCAUCCUGCGUUCAACCGAGCAGCGGCUUCGCGAUGGCCAAAGCCAGUCCCCGACCAAGACGACGCCAGGACAGUCCCCAACCAAGGGAGGAUCGCCCCUGAAAGCGUCGAGGAGUGGCAGGUCAUCGACGUCGCGCGGGAGGGCGAGAGUCGCCGGCUCGACGACGUCAUCUCCCAACAAGAUGCCACCGGUCUCAGGGGAAGUAUCUUCCGGCUCCGUCAGCAGCUUGAUGACCAGUCUCCUCGCGGAAGAGAUGCAGCAGCUCAAUAUGGAGGGAGAGCAAAGCCUCCAUCGUCUGAGCGGAAACGGCGUCGAGCCUCAGAGGAGCCCGAGGCGAAGUCCCGAGAGGCGACGGUCGAGGGAUAGCGACGCAUCCAGUUCCCUCUCCACCCUCUACAGUGUCGGCGACGAGGCAGAGGAGAUAAUGAAUCAGCCCACGAUGACGGGAAAUGAUCCAUUUGUCGAAGAAACGAAUGAGGAUGCCAGCCCGCGGCGGUCCCCCAGCCUUCAGGUGCGGGCACAAAUCGCCGGACCGCGGCCGCUCAGGCGCAACAAGACUGUGAAUCCGAGCACGAUGCUCAAGCGCGACGAGAUGCCGGACGUGCCGCAGCCACUUCGGCCGAUAUCCUGCAACUCGCAGGCAGGCAACGCAAACGAGUUCGCCCGAGUAGACGCCGUGCGCAGGUCCUUGGUGCUGCUGCAUGCACCGCGGAGCCAGCCUUCCGUCGAGACUCGUCCCAAGGAUGUCGAGACGGCGCAGGAAGGGCUCGUCAUUCCUUCCAUUCUCUCCAUGUCGAGCUUCACGUCCGAGUCGGUCGUCACGGAUGCGGAUGGGAACGAGGUCCCGCAGUGUGAGACACCUGAGCCGGCCUGCGUGCUGAACGACAACGACAACGACAAAGACGAUGAUGACGAUGACGACGACGACGACGACGACGAUGACAUCAGCCGCAGCAGGUCACAGACGGCGAGCCCCGUGUCGGCCAAUCAUACUAGCUGCAUGUCGGACGCCGCUUCGUCGUCCUAUAACGAACUGGAUAUACAGUCCAUGCUGCUGUCCGAGUCACUGCCUCGGCGCGCGCUGCCGUGUCCUCCCACCUUGGGCAGUCUCACGGCGCCGGACGGGACCACCGGCCCGACACCGCUGUCGCAGAUGCUCCACGAGAAGUGCGGGAGCAGUGGUGUGGAGAGAAGGGUCUCGGACUCGAGCUCAUUCUACUCGAAUGUCGACGGACCGGGCGUACGGUCCCAAGGGUCACCAAAGAGGCGUUCGGCGGCGCGGAUGGAGAAGACCCCGACGCUGAGCAUGACGAUAUCAGAGCUGCGGCGAAUGAACAGUGUGGUGAGCUCCUUCAGCAUGGCGUCGGUCGCUUCGACCGUGAGCGACAUGACGGACUCGCCAACGCUCCCCACCAUCACCAGUGGCGGCUUCACCACGGCCCCUUCUUCGUCCAACGCCCGUCUCGCCUCCAUUAGCAGCCGCCAUUAUCUUAACAUCGGUCGGAACAGCCCCCCGAAAAAGGGCAAGGGUGGCCAGAAGGGUUCAAACCCUGUGGAGAAGGGCGUCAAAUACUCCAACACGACCCACCUCCUGCAUUCUCAUGGCGGCAAGGAUAACGACCGCGGAGACCAGGAGAGUGGAAAGGAGAACGAGGGGAUUGGCAUCCGAUACUCGCGGUCCGAGAUGUUGCCUGGCCUGAAGGAAGGUGUCAUCGGCAGCAAGUCUACUCACCUUGAGCUGUCGGCCACAUCUGCUGUGGCCUCCGCAAACCCUUCCUGGGGCGCAAGGUCCAAGCUUGGGCCCGUAAAGGAGCUUGCCGCAGCAGACAAGAGAAAUGGAGAGCACCGGGACAGCGUGGAAAGUCUAGGCCUGUAUGACAAGGAUGGCUUUCUGCUGCCGUCACCGGACAGGGAGGCUAGGAAGAAGAGCCCGAGAAUGUGA